GUUCAUUCAUAUUCAUUCAUUGUUUUCGUUUCGUUGUUCGUUGAGUGUGUGAGGUGUGGAUUGUAUGGAUAUGUGUAAUUAUUACUAGAUGCGUGUUGUUUAAUAUUAAUGUAAUUUAUCUUUUAUUUUCAUUCUUAUGUAAAAUCUUAUACCGAAUAGUAUUUCAGAUCAUAAAUAUAUUUUCUAAUAACAUUGCAUCCAUAUACAAUUUAUUUAUUAAUUAUUUUUUAUAGUGUUAAGUGAAAGUCGAACUAUGAUUUGUGAAUUCAAGAAGUUUAAAAAAAGAUUUAGGCUGUGCUGAUUGAACUUUUAAUAUAUUUCUGUGAUAACAUAGCAAAGCAAAAACACUUACAUUAUAAAAAAAAAACAAUGACUGUAACGUACACCGGUGAAGUAGCAACAUGCCGUGGAUUCGGUACUUUCCUUAAAGUUUUAUACAAAUGGCGCGGAAGUAUAUACAAAUUAGUUUGGCUGGACCUUCUAGUGUUCCUGCUUUUAUACUAUGUACUCAAUUUGACAUAUCGGCUAUUGCUAGAUGAAAAUUCUAAAAGGGUAUUUGAGGGCGUUGUAAACUACUGCAGUUUUCAUGGAAAUGUGAUCCCUCUGUCAUUCGUACUAGGGUUCUAUGUAACUGUGGUAAUGAACCGAUGGUGGAGUCAAUACACAACCAUUCCUUGGCCCGACUCUAUUGCUGUGUUCGUCUCAGCCACUAUACAUGGGCAGGAUGAGCGCGGGCGUCUGAUGCGGCGGACCAUCGUCCGUUACGUGUGUCUGUGCCUGACAAUGGUGCUCACCAUGAUAUCGCCCCGCGUCAAGAAGCGGUUCCCCACACUCAACAACUUCGUAGAUGCUGGUCUGCUAUUAGAAAAUGAAAAGACAAUCCUCGAUAAUCUAAAUGACAAGUUCCCGAAGCCUUCGAAGCAUUGGUUACCCAUUGUUUGGGCAACUAGCAUUGUAACGAGAGCCCGUAAAGAGGGUCGAAUAAGAGAUGAUUUUGCUGUUAAGACAAUUAUAGACGAAUUAAAUAAAUUCAGAGGACAAGCGGGACUUCUCCUUAGUUACGAUACCAUAAGUGUACCUUUAGUAUAUACUCAGGUAGUUACCAUAGCAGUAUACUCAUAUUUUAUAACAUCUGCCUUAGGCAGUCAGUGGGUCGACAAUAAAUUACAACGCAAUGAUUCCGUCAACAUUAGCAAUAUCGACCUUUACUUUCCUAUAUUUACUACGCUAGAAUUCUUCUUCUAUAUGGGCUGGCUGAAAGUGGCCGAGUCUCUAAUUAAUCCCUUUGGCGAGGAUGAUGACGACUUUGAAGUUAAUUGGCUGAUAGACAGAGAUUUGCAGGUUUCGUACAUGAUCGUGGAUGAGAUGCACCAUGAGCACCCGGAACUGAUAAGAGAUCAGUACUGGGACGAGGUGUUCCCGUCGGAGCUGCCGUACACGAUAGCGACGGAGAACAAUCGCGAGGAGCACCCCGAGCCGUCGACGGCGCGCGUGGCCGUGCCCGUGCGGCAGCGCAGCAUGGUGCUGUCCGCGCCCUCGCAAGUCAAGAUCGAUGAGAUGAACCCUUCCAACACCGUGAGUUACAAGUUCGACCCCCCAGAGCAACUACAAAUGAACGACGACGCUGUGUCUGGCAUUCAUUUUAUCGUGAACCGCGGAAGCAAACGCGGGAAACGCGACGAUAGAAACUCCAUGGGAUCCACAAACUCUAUGGCGUCGUUACAACAGACUCCUAUGGCGCGAACCAACUCCGUCACGUCUAUGCUAAAGAGAUUGUUCUCGAAGGAAGACCAGAGAGGCGCGCCGGCAACACAGACUGAUGGUGGUUCUCGCUUUACGAUAUCUGCCAGCAAUCCGACAUUGAACAAACCUGCUACGGCCGCUGGGGGAAGUAUGAAGAUAGCUAAUGAUAUCAUCGAAGAGGUCGAUGAGCAGGCAACCAUUACCAGCAUGGGGAAACGGCCUGAAGCCAGGCCAACAGCAAUGAGCUUAUUCACCCAAGCUACGCCGGCCCCCAGUGACCCAGUGGAUGUACCUUCCAGGAAUUCAAACAAUACAAACUCUAAUACUCGGCUAUCAUCAUCUGCGCCCACACCAUGGGCCGUGCGACCCAGUGAAGGAGGGGACCUGAGUCCCGCCGCGCAGUCGCUCACCACGCAGGACUCCUUCAGCUUGCCCAAUGAGCGACCGAGGCUAGACAGCGAUGUUGGCCCCUCAUUGAGCGCUGCAGGAAGCCAGACUUUGCUGGAUGAAGCAGAUGGUGGAGAGGAUCCGGAACUGGACGAUUUUGACCGUUUGCGUAGUAUACGUGAACAGCAUCGACGAGAUAAAUACUUACAGAAACUCAUGGCACGGUCUGUAAGCGCGCAACAGAGAACGGGCAGUACAGAAUUGAUAGACAAUGAUUUAUUACUAGAAGACCUUCUAUCUCAGUCAGCAGCACAGAAAAAAGACGAGAAAUCAAAGAAUGAUCCCAAAGACAAUACUACCUGACAUAGCCGAAGCUUUAUUUUUCCGUGGGAGGGCACGGAAUUCUGAACAAUUUAGCACAGUUCAGUAUUAGCAAAUGUGAUACUUUUUAUUGGUGCAUUGGAUUUGAUAUUAAUUGUAAAUAUAGAAAUAAUUAUCACCA